CACAUUUCCUUUCUUGUGACUAAGCAGUCACAGCAGUCACAGGAGUAUAAAAGAUGGAAAGUUGACAGAUUUGAGCAUGAAAACAUAUCAUACUCUGAAGAGUUGCUCUAGCACACAGAGUAAAAAAAGAUACUGUGAAUUUUCACCAUGGAGCUAAAAACAGGACUUCUGAUUUGGUGGAUUUUAAUGAUGAGCCAGGAGAUGACAUGCAGACCGACAAACAGAUGUUUAGACCGCAUCAAUUACACAAAGCCCAAAAUUGAACAUCUGUUGAAGAAAUUCCUCUCAGAAAAGGAAAAUGAUGUUAAACCAUGGCCGAACCCUAUCUCAGAGCUUCACUUGAAGAAUUUGUCCCGUGAAGAGAAAAUGCAGAAAGCUCAGUGUGGACUUCACUUCAUGCAUGAAGCUCUUCAGUUGAUACAUCAACACCUAAGUGACCUACAUGAUUCCACAAAUCCUAUUCUUGAAGAAAUAGAACACAAUGUAAAAGCUCUGUUUCUUACCAAGCACUGUGUUGCAGAGGUUAAUUGUACAAGGAUUCCAGAGCCUGACUUCCCGUUUAAAGACACAUAUAGAAGAAAACAGUGGGCCCGCACUGUUCUUCAGACCUCUGUAGAAUUUCUGGGUGACAUGGUAAACGGUUUUCUGGAUUCCACCAAACGACCCUUACUGAAACAUGCUUGACACCAAAGAAAUAAUGCAUUUCAUUUACAUCUAGUCCUUA